AUGUAUAGAAUCAUUAUAUUUAUAUUAGUUUCAGCAAAUGCACAGAGAUUCACAAGAAUUCCUACAACAGACUCCCCUCCAAGUGAACGGCAGUAUUUGGUAUUAGACUACUAUGACAAUGGAAAUUCGAUAAUUGCGUUUGGAGGAAAUUUUGGUUCUGUAUCAACUUAUAACGAUGUUUGACAAUUUUCUUUGGAUUCUCAACUGUGAACAAAUUUAAACCCAGUUUCAGAAAUAAGUCCUGGUAAUCUUAACUCAGUUCCAAGAUAUUUUCAUGGUGGUUUCAUAAACUUAGAUGAUGAUAAACUAUAUAUAUUUGGAGGAAAUUCUAUAUCAGGCCCACAAAACGAUAUGUGGACUUUUGAUUUGGUAAAUCUGCAGUGGCUGCAAAUUGAUCAAGGCGGAGAAAUCCCUUCCCCAAGAUAUAGAUUCGGAUACAAGAAAUAUAAGGAUCCAUCUGGUGCCCUAAAAUUUGCAAUAUUCGGAGGAACAAUACCAGAAGGAUAUGAUAACAAUUUAUAUAUGUAACAGAUAUUUAGCUUUGAUAUAUAUUAUUUGGAUUAAUUUUAUAUAAGAUUAAUAUACUUUUAUGGAGAGAAAUUCUAUUUACUAGUAGAUUAGUAUAAUUAUUAAAUCAUUUUAAUAAGAAUAGAAAGCUUAACAUGAGAAAAAAAGCCAUAUCAAGGCAGUGAAGUUCCACGUCUAAAUGGCCCUGUAAUUGAGUAUUGAAAUCAGGCGAUAUAUGUAGCAGCUGGAGACAUUUCUGAAUUUUUACUCUCCCCCCUUUAAAUUGGAACAAAAAAUCGGUAAAAUUUGUAUUUUUUGGGUACUUAAACCCCCUUAAAUUGGAACAAUUUUUUUUUUCAUUAGAAGAAUUUUAUUGAUGAAAUACUAAUUUUGAUAAAAUUAGUUUCGACACAAUUUAAAUUAAAUGCUUUUUAACAGUUUUCAACUGAAUCGAUUAAUUUUUAUCCAAAUUUUAAAAAAAAAAUAAAUUAAAAUUCAAAGUAUUUUGCUCAAUUUAUAAUUUUAAAAAAAAUAAAAUUGAAGCAAUUUAAAAGAAAAUUCCCCAAUUUAAAGGGGGCAGUUAGGCACAUCAGAAGAAUACUCUCGACAAUUUUUUAGAUAUGACUUAGCAAGCAAUAAUUGAGUCAACAUUACUAACCCAUCACAUACUUUUGAGUAUCGCUACUUCACAGGGAGUAUCUUAUAUAACGAUGUUUUUUAUGGGCCAAAAAAAUACCUAUAUAGAAAUUAGAUCAUUUUUUUUAAAAAACUCAAUUUUAUUAACUAUCAUUUAAGCUAAAUCUUUUUCUCAACAUAAAAUUAUCAUUCCUUUUUAUCUUCUAUAUGGAUGGUCAGAUGAAACUUCUGAUGACGUUACAAAUAUCAUGAAAGUCGACCUGAAUGACCCAGAAUAUAUAUGAACCUACCAAGAAGUAGCGCCUGGAGAAUUUUUUGAAAUUGUCCCUAGAGACUCAUAUGGAUUUACAAUGCACGACCAUUAUCUUUAUAUGCUAGGAGGAUACUCAGCUUUAACAGAUCUUUUACUAAACUCCUUAAUUGAAUUCGAUUUAGAUACAGACCCUUUAGAGUAUAAAAUUAUAAGCUAUGAGUAUGUGAACCCUAAUGCAAGGAAAAGCCAUUCUAUAUGUGCCCUAGGAGGGUUUUUGUAUCUAUUUGGAGGUGAAAAUAAUGGAGAAGCCAUGAAUGAUUUGUGGGUUUUUGAUCCUGAUAAAGCAAUUUGGAGCUCUAUUGUUCCGCAAGGAGAUAUUCCAUCAGCAAGAAAAAAUCAUGCAGCAAGUUCUCAAGGAGAUACUAUGGUUGUUUUUGGAGGGUAUGAUGGGGAUUUUUAUUUAAAUGACUUGCAUCUGCUUAACAUUUUGACUGAUACGUGAAGCAAAAUAGAGCCAGCUUCUACAGUAAGGCCAAGCGGACGCAGUAAUGCUUGUAUGCAAAUUAAUUUUCCUCAUAUUUUAUAUGCCUAGAGUUAUUAAAUAGACUAUUAUUAGGGAAGAUAUAAAAAUUUUCUAUUAUUUAAACAGAUAUAUUAUAUAUUUGGAGGACUAACAAAAUUUGGCCUUACCAAUGAAAUAUGGGUAUUUGAUACCUUAACCAACGAAUUCGGAUUAGUUUAUGACGGGUACAAGAUAGGUCCUGAGCCUGUAAAAAAUCCGGCAUGCGAUUUCCGAAUCGACCCAUAUGGCAAUUCAAUUUUAUUCACAAUGUACGGCUCCACACACGGAGAAAAACCAUUAGGAAGAGCUGACAUGUUCAAUUUCACCACAAAAAUAUGAACAAAUUUAGCCAAAAGUCCUAGUGCAUCUGACCCUAUAAGCCGAGAUGAAGCCAUAAUAAAAUCUAUAGGAAGUUACAUAGCAAUUAUUGGAGGCCAGAAAUGGGGCACUGACCCAUUAAAAAGUGUCUAUAUCCUUAAUAUACCAGAGCAUACAUAUCAAUUUGUAGGGAAUUUGCCUGAUUAUUUUUACGCUUCUGCUUAUAUUUACUAUAAAAAAAGCAUUUAUGUGCAUGGAGGAGGAGCAGUGCUAGGGAAAACUAUGAGAACUUCUAUAGGAAAAAGCAAUUUUAUAGAAAUUAAUAUUAAAUGUCCCAGUAAUGCUGCAUGUGUAUGGACUUGUAGCCCAGGGACAUACCUUGAUAAUGGCGAAUGUUAUAUGUGCCCAAAAGGGUCUUAUAAUGAAAAAUAUGGAGCUAAAGAGUGCAUACUUUGUCCUCCAGGGACUUAUAACCCAUCUAAAGGAGGCAAUACAUCAAGACAGUGCUACCCUUGUGAUGAAGGGACUUUUAAUGCCAACUAUGGAGCUCUUAUCUGUAGAGACUGCCCCACAAGUAAAUAUUGUCCUAUAGGUGCAUCUUCACCAUUAGACAAAAAGACAGUUUCUUCAUAUCUUUCUUUGCAGCCUUCUACUUACUCUUCAUAUGAUACUUCUCUGAUAAUAAACCUCCUUAUUCUUACAGCUGGUUUAGUUUGUAUUGUUACUUUAUUAUUUACAGUUCUUACAGAGGAUGUUAGAAAAUAUUAUAGUUAUAUUGAUAUUUAUCAGGAUAUUCAUAAUCAUACUUUAAAUGCUACAAUGUAUAUGAAAUCAACUAAGCUUGGUGGAGCUUUUACGCUAAUUUUCAUAUUUGUAGCAGUUGUAAUGAUUUGCAGUGAAGUAUUGAACUAUAGUCUUGAUAAUGUUACGGAGAUAAAAAAUCUGUUACCUUCAGUUUCGCUAGAAAAUGAUGUUAAAGAGUACCCAGCAAAUAUAACAGUUUCUGCGCUAUUUUAUCAGUAUGGAGGGAAUUGUGUAGUUGGGAUUGAUUCUUGUAACCAAGGGAUUUCUUAUACUCAUCACUCUAUAUAGCUUAUGAAUCUUUAUGGAUGACCUAUUUGAAAAUGUAACUACCCUACGGGCUUCAGGUCUUGUGCAUCUUAGAUCAGACUCCUCAUUAUUUAAAAGUCCCUAGUUUUAAACUACAAAAAUAAAUAGCGACAUAACCGACUGUCCUCUACCGGGCCUGCUUUGAGUUUGAAGACCUUGGUGAUGAGCCAUUAAAAGCUUUAUAAACAGCAAUAAGCGUACAAUGCAAAAUUUAGCUUUUAUAGCAUUUGAUCAUGAACAAAUCGGCAUUGUUUAUUUACAAAUUUAUCCUUCCGAAAAAUGCAACUCGACAUAUAUAUUUUUAAUUUUUAAAUAUAUUUAAAUUUUGCUAAUGAACAUCAUAUAUAGCCAUUAAUAGCUUCAUAAAGAAUGAUCAGCGUCCAAUACAAACAUCGGCUUUUAUAGAGCAAUGGCCGUAAACAAAUUGGCACUAUUUAUUUAAAAAUCUACUUUAUUUAUCCAAAUUUAUUUUUUGAUGUUAAAUUCCCAAAAACAGGAAAAAAAUUAAGUAAGAUAUUAAUCAGUCCUAGUCUCAACGGAUAUCUUAAAUUUAAAUUAAUUUAAUAAUAAAGCCAUUUUAAAAAAUUGGUGCGUUUGCUUGUAGUCUGUCUUGGUCAUUCAACCGUCCAUUACAUAUUUCGAUAAAGAAAUCUAUAUAAGGGUAUAAACUAUAUCUUUUGAAAGAUCUAAGCUUACAUGUUCCAAAGUCCAGGACAGAAAUUGCCAAGUCACUUUUUGGUGCACCCAGUGCAUUAUCUUAAUUGACGCAUAUAUAGAGUUUUAUUUACUCCCCCCCCCCUCCGUGAGUGAACAAAAAAAUUUUGUUCACUCACGGAGGGGGGUUAUUUUUUUUUUUUUAAAAAAAAUUAUAUAUAAAUUUUAUAUAAAAAAUAUUUUUUUUCGAAAUUUAAAAAAAUCCUAAUUCGCAAAAACUGGAAAGCAAAUAUUAAUUUUAAUUUAUUAAAUUUAUGUUUUAAAAAAGCAAUUUGUUUAAAAUUAAACAGAAUUAGCUUUAGAUUUCAUAUUACUAAUUAUCAUUUAUAUAUCAAUUUUUUUUUUCCAUAAAAAAAAAUUUUCUAUUAAAAAAAUUUUUUGUUCACUCACGGAGGGUGGGUUUGUGGGCAAAAAAUAACGAUAUUUCUAAUGGUUUUGUUCACACGGAGGGGGGGGAGUUAGUUGAAAAAUCAAGCUACACCUCUGCAAUUAGCGUAAACGUGACUGCCUCUUCUUCAAUUCCUCACGAGAGGAGCAGCAUUUUUCAGUCAAUUAUUCCAGCUGAUAAGACACUUUUUAGAGGUUUUGACGCGACUCAAUUUUAUUUUACUAUGACUCCUUCGCUGUUUAGGUCUUAUGUUGAUGACUGGACUGACGAGUUAACUGGCUAUCAUGUGUCAUUGACUUCUCCACCAUCACCAGGCUCUCAGUAUGAGGUAAAAGAUUUGCCUUUUACCUCAAGCUUAAAGCUCAAAAUUUGACUGAAAUUAAGUGAAAAUAGCUUAUAUACUGAAAGAAUUCCAAAGCAAACCUUUAUAGCACUUAUCAGCGGGCUUUUAGGAGCAGUUUUCGGCUCCUUAUCUGCAAUCGGUAUCACAAUGGCUGGCAUUGAAAACAUUUUUAUCAUCUACAAGCGAAAAUUCCGCCGAGAAAACGACGUCUUAGGAAUCGGAGAAAAAAGAAGCAAAAUAAUGACCCAAUUUGAAAAGAAUACUGACUAUUUUAUUUCAGUCCAUAGCCCUCCUGAGUCAGAAUACGACUCUUGCUGAGACACCGAAGACAAGCGGCUGAACGAGUUUUCACGCGCGGAUACUAGCAGGCCAAAUUCUUUUAUUAUGAAGGCAAAUAAUUUUUCAAUAAUAAAUCAUUAA